CACAUUCAGUGUAAACUGGCUACAGCAACUGUUGCGUUUUCUAGAAACACGCAACUGGAAGCCUGUGGUCAGUUUACACCCAGCAGAGGAAGGUGCUGAACACAGUAAAGGCUCAAGUGCAACUGGACGUUUAAAGCCCUUCAGCUUGCCACCUGAGGCCAUGAGGCAGGAUGGGGUGUCCAGAAAUGCAUCUCUGGAAGACACGAUGGCCAUAGACGAUGAUCCAGACUCCAUGCAAAGUUUACUGCAGGCGUUAUCACGUUCAGGUGUAGGAGAUCGGGGUGGCUACUUGGCACAGAAAAAUCUAGCUCUGGUGCAGAGUUUGGAUGGGCUGAGGAGGGGCCUCCUGCACAGGGUGGGUAAUUCUGUCUACGGUAACCUGAGGACAAAAGUGUCACGAGUUACCAUGGCCCUGCUUGAUGAUGUCAGUAGCCUGGUGGAUGUGCCACAGCCCAAUGCGCAGGGCCGGUGCUCAGUUGGUGACCUGAGACAACUAAUAUUAUGGGGGAUAAGACAUAACGUGACGUGGAACACUCAGGCUUUGGGUGUUAGGUCCCAGGGUCUCCCAAGCUCAUUCCCAUUCCUGUCCUGCCCCCCAAAUGAUGGAGAUGAGCUAAGGUCACAACACAAAAAAGCCCCCUCUUCACAAACAAACUCCAAACAAAACCGCCUUCAUGAACUCUCUACCACACCUCGCCGCUUCCAGUUCAACCAGUCGACCAACGACCAGCAGAAAGAGACAGAGUACUCAACCUCUAUAGAAAUCCUAGAGGCAGCAUGUAAUGAUUCCAUCCCAGGCUUAACAGGUGUCUCCAACUUCACUGUAUUCCUCUACUGUAAACUGUUUGAAGGAGAGAAUGGGUCAGUUGAUCCUGCUGUGGCCCAGACGGGCCUCGACCUGCAUACCACGUGCUCAGACGCAGCUUGGUAUCUGUCUGCUGCUGAGGAGGACUUCCUCUGGGUUCAUGUCUGCAGUGAGUUCUUUGCCCAUGAAUUCAACAACACGGUGUGUGCCAACUCCUCUUUUUGGCUGCAGAAAGCUCAUCAGGCCGCAUUGACAAAGGACUACCAUUUUUUUAACCACACAAGUAUAGAUGACCUGUGUGUGCAGCUGUCAGGUGAGGCAAUAGGAGGUCCAGGACUCGAUGAGAACUGUCUGGCUCAGUUGGGCAGCAGAUUGCUCAGUGCCCAGGCUUUCAGACACUGUUUCCUACCCAACAACUCUGUCCUGAUCUCAGCUUUGUGCGGAAAGGAGUCAUCUGACUCACAGCAAUCCUUGCCAGAGGGCAGUUGGGCUGCGGCGUACUGCUCCAAAAUACAAAACGUCUCCAGUGUUAACACCACUGAAGAGACUUGUCAGUACAGGGAGUGGGCUGUGCAUGAUUUCACCAAUACCACCCUCCUGGAGCUCUGUGGGCAGACACAUGGAUUGGGAGAGUACAUUUGUCUAAAUGCCACACUCUACUAUCAGCUGUUGAGAUCAAUACCCCAGCUCGCUGAUUCCUGCGCUGAUCUGCAGGCAGAACUGGAGGGCAGGAAAUGCUUCCUGCAGAGGUUUUUUGACAUGCUUCCAGCACGGUAUGAGUUUGACACAUCACAGCUGUGUGUGGAUCCGGCUCCUCUGCUGAUGGAAGUUGUACACAAGCUGAGUGUAUGUGAGGUAGAGGGAGGGGAACGUGAAGGUUUUUUAGUGGUGCUGGGGUAUGUGUUGCGAGUCCUGGACUUCAUGGUGGGCCUCUCUUCGGGUCUGGACGAGGGAGAAAGAGAAGCGAGACAAGGUUUGGGUCAGGCCAUCCUCCUCUCCAGUCUCCUUGACAGCACCUCCUGGGCUGCACUGCAGCCAGAAGCCUCCAUGAGCAUCCUUCACACUGUGGGAGUCUUCCUCCGCCGAGAGCAGAACGCCACUCUGAAAGAAGACCUGCUGAGCUGUUUCAGUCCCGUCUUGUGGGACCUCAUUCAGCGGGAUGACAACUCAUCUGCUCUCAGGGUUCUGCUGCAGGAGUAUCUCCAGAUGCCAAGAGACAGCAUUCGCACUCUUGUGAUGUCUGCUGAAAAAGAUGCUGUCAAGAGAUUCCUCUCUCAUAUGCAUCAAAGUUGGGACCAGCUACAAGUGGAAACAGGCCAGGUCUCUCAAAAAGAGUUACAGGCAAUGGAAACAAUGACCGCUGCUUUCAUCCAUAAGUUUCCCCGAGUGACCCCAGAAUUGUUUGUGGACCUGUCUCAGUUCAUUCCCUUCAUGUCUGUCUCUGACAUCAUGAGUUUCCCGGCCUCCCUGAUAGUCAACGACAGCGUGUUGACAGCCAUUCGUGACCACAGCUCAGGGAUGAAGUCACUGCAGAAAAAGGCCUUUGUAAAAAGACUUUUGCAGUCGAGCGUGGUGGGUGAUGUCCCUACGUGGCCACCGUAUUUUCUCAGUUCCAUCCUCCCACUUCUGCCUUACAUCCCUGUCAGUCAUUUUCAGCAACUGACAUCACAGCAGCUCAUUCCUCUGGUAGAGUUGCUAGGCAACGGCAGUCUGGAUGGGGUAAGGGGGCGCCAUGUUCUCCGCACGCUCUUCACCAAGAAGAAGAAUCUGACCAGUGAUAACAUACUGAGGUUAGGAGUCCUUGCGUGUUACCUGGAUCCAGUGGACCUUGGUUCAUAUCUUCAGGACCCAGCUGUGUCUUCGACUCUGUGGCAGCUGCUGGCUCAGUGCAUGUCCAAAGGGUUCAUAAGUGACAGCGGCAGGCUGUCCUCUUGGUUGAUACCGGCUGUUCAGAACCUGAAUGUCAGCAGCAUGGCUCCACCAGAGCUGUCAGCACUCACUGGUUUGUUACCUCAGCUAGGAGCUUCCUUCCUGCUGUCACUCCCCUCACAACAACUCCUGGAAAUCCUCUCGCAGCCAGGAUUACACAGAUAUUCCCCAGCACAGGCUUUUCAAAUGUUAUCCAAGAUAUCAAAGGACACCACUCUCACCAUGGAAAAACUGUGCAGACUGAAGCCGUUACACUCUGGUCUCUCCCCUGCUGUGCUCGGAGACCUCCAGUGGUCUGAGAUCAGUAAAGCUGCCCACUGCCAGUGCUGGAGAACGCUGCUAAUUGAGCUUAAGCCUGGCCACAGAGCCAUAUUAUACAAUGCAGUGCAGGAGGCUCUACACAGAGAAAACAUCACUCAGCAGGUAAACUGUCUGUUACCAUUUGUUCCUCUGAGGAAGCUGACAGAAACAUUAAAUGGAACAGCAAUCCUGAGAGAUGUCAGCCUGUACAGAGACAUACUGUGGUCGCCACAGCAGGCUCAGUUUUUGUUCAAACAGAUCCACCAAUUAAAGAAUAUUACCAGCAAGAUGGUGAGGUAUUUGGGUCACAUUGCCAGUGGAAUGAGUUGUGACUUAUUGAGGCUUUGGAGCAAUGAUACCGAUUUUGCAGCGCUGCUUCAGUUUGUUAGUGAACUGCCUGGAGGCACAAGACCUGCUCUGCGGAAAUGUAUCGUGGACGAACUGAGGAACCACCCUGAUUUUAACCUCAGUGCUUUGAGUUCUGGGUUUGCUGCAACAUUACCCGUGACGAUGAUAGAGAACCUCUCUAACGUGUCCUUCAGAGCCAUUCUGGACCACAUUCAAGCACACUUUGCUGAUUUCCUCAGACUGCCACAUUACAAGCAGACCAAUUUAGCAGAGAAAGCUGUAACUGAGCUGGGCUCUCAGGCUGAGGGGGACAUUGAUGGCACCACUAUGGACGUCCUGGGGCCUCUGCUGCCUUUUUUGGACCGGGACAGUUUGGCUCUGGUGGACAGAGGAGCUCUGGCUCUGCGGCUCGAGGAGAUGAGAAGUUUCUGUCUUCCUAAAGAUGCUCUGAAAGAUAUUAGUGCCUUGCUUACUCAGAAAGACCUGCUCGGGGAACCAUCCAAAUGGCAAGUUGGGGAUGUCGAACAUUUGGGUAGGCUGGUGUUUUCUCUCUCAAAAAAGCAGAUUAACUCCAUCCCACUGAUGGUGUUGAAUAAAGACACAGUGGAGCAGGUCCUGGUGGGUCAAAGUCGCUGGGAGGACAGUGCAGUGGGUGGAGUCUGUGUUACAAAGUGUAUGGACCAGCAUCGUCUGAGACAGCAGACUCAGAGUCUCCUUCGAGGGAUUGUUAGAGCACGGAGCAGGAGGGCAAAAGUGCCGGUUCCAACCUGUGCAGACAUCAGAGGGACAUUUCCUUCAGCGUGGACACCCACUCAGCUCAGUCGUAUGUCGCAGGAUGAGCUCAAACAGUGUAUAGAAGUUUUUGCUCAGGAUGCUUCAAUGAGCUCUGAGCAGCGCCGAACAUUGUGGGUGAAACUCAGGCAGUACUUCAGUCCAGUGAGAGAGCUGAGGGGAGAUCAAGUGCUGGCUCUAGGCUCAGUGGUGACUGAGAUGGGAGAAAGGGAACUUCAGGACACCAAUCUCACUGAUGUGGGUGUGUUGGCACAUCUGGGGACACUGACGGACUGGAGCCCUAAAAAGAUGAGAGUUGUGAUUUCUAGCGUGAUGCGGAAACGCAAACUGAAAGUGGAACAGUUAGCAGCCGUAGAUCUGGCAACAUUUGGCCAUCUGAUCUGUGGUCUGUAUCCCUCAGAGAUUAAAAGACUAAGUCCCUACAACCUCAGCAUGGCUGUCCUGUUUCUGCGGGAGGCGUCCCUGCCUUGUACGGAACAACAGACUGAGGCGUUGACAAACCGUUUGUCCCGACCUGAGGCCUUUGGUCCAGUCAGCACAUGGGGACCAGAAGUUUUUACUGAAAUUGGGACAUUGGCAGUGGGCCUGGAGGACAUGGUGCUGUCAGCUCUGGUACAAGAACAAAUGGAAGGAAUCACCCCUGAAGCCAUUGCUCUUAUGGCACCAAGAAAGCUGGCAGUGGUGUUCAGUGCCGUCCAGUUGUCGUGGCUGAGCGCGGAGCAGGCGUGGGCUGUCACUGACGAGCAGUGGGCAGAGCUGGACACCGGGCAGAGACGUGCUGUUGGACUGGCUCGUUAUGAGGGAGACGUCUUGCUGGAACUGAGAGGGAGAAACUCGGCUCCAGAAGCCCUGAACACAGGCAGCUUCACUGUACGCUUGCUGGCUCUGUGCCUCUUGUUAUGGCAACUAUUUUAAAAUGCUGGAACCAAUUUAAUUGUCCCUUGACCUCCC